AUGGGAACACGCUUGGAGCCACCGCCGGGAGCUGCGGGCGUGUCUCAUGAUAAAAUGCCGAAAUUGCUGGCCGCUGGACAGCGCGAAGACUACCCUGCGGACUUUCUGGACACUGUCGACAGAAUCGGUACCAUAUGUGAAUGUCUAGACAGAUUGGAAAGUCUUUGGCAACUUUUCAAAAAGGACGGCAUGACAAAGCAGACACAGUGGGCAAGAGCUGGUGAAGCAUUCAAGCAAUAUGGUGACGAAACUAUAACGCCAGCAGUGGGAGAAAUUUUUCAAAGGGCAGCAAAGAAGUUCAAUCAGAUUAGUGCACUAUACCAACAUAUUAUCGAAGUAAUGGAGAGUCAGUUCCGUAAUCCACUGCAUGAAUUCAAUCAAAAGGAGGUAAAAGCACUCAAAGAAAGUUUGAAGAAACUCGAUCAAAGCAAGAAAAUACAAAAGAACUCGAAAACUAAACUCGAUCGUAAACCUAACGAUAUGGAGUUGAAAAUUGCUUCGGAAGUGGCUCAGAAAGUUCAUGAAGAGCAAUUCAAACUGACGAAAGAAUCAGUGUUAAAAUUUCUGGAGUCCACAUCAUUCUUUGAGAAGAUCGUUGCGGCUUUCAUAGCUGCAGAUAAAGAGCUCAGUGAUAAAGCGCAUCAAGAGAUUUUGAAGAUCAUUUAUACGUAUUAA